CGUAUGUAAUUCUCUCUUUCCCCCACUUUCCCUCCAAUUUUAUCCUCGCAACAGCCCUGUGACAUAGAUUAGGCUGAGAGCUGAGGUAAUUCAGUAAGCGUUGCGGCUGAGUAGGGACCGGAACUCAGUCCCCGCCCCCCAAUGUAAGUCUGACCAUUGCACCAUACUGCCCCGUCUGUGGACAUCUGCCAUGACUCUGGCUUGUAGGCCCGGCUCCUGAGAAAGGGAACACGGGUUAAUAGGUAAGAUGAGUGCUGGAACUUCCCUUUUCGCGAAAUUAAGCAUUUCUGCUCCCGCAAGCAUGUCAGAAUUAAUUAGCUCCUUUUAAGCAGCUUUGCGUCGGAGACAUGGCGGCACCAGCGUGCUUUUGGUGUUCUCCCAGGUUGUGUGACAUAUUCGGGGCAAAGCAAUGUGGCUGUGCUUAGAGAAAAGGGAACUGGCUUCUACCGAAUCAGACUCUUUGACCAUCAAGCUAGUACUGUCAGCUCUGGCAGGCAGCCAUUCUCCCAGCUCUCUAGCAGAGAGGGUUUUCCCCCCUUACCUGCUGCCAGAUCUUUUAAACUGGUGAUGCCAGGUAAACCUUUAUGCGUGCAGAGAAGGUGCUCUGCUAUCCUUCCUCAAGGAGUCCUUUCAUCGCUCAGGAGAACAGCGGGCAUUUGAUUUGCUAAACGGAGGCAUGAGCGCGUGGGCCAGCUUCUCAAAGAAAAACGUGCGUGAGCAAAUAUGUGCGCGGACCCCGGAGCCACGCACACGGGCACGGAUUGUACUGCAUUUGGGCUGGCGCUGCAGACAGCUGGGUGCUUUGCGUAUGUUUUCCACAUGCUCCCUCUGCCCUGCCUUCAUCCCCAAGCGGACUGGCAGAAGGCUUGGGCUGGCUGCGGCCUUGUUUGCAAAGGUUUCCCUAACGUGAUGUGGCAGGGACCAUCUGGGCGCCUGGCAUUGAUGGGGUCUUCCUGCUAACACUUUGACCCGCAGCGCCAGCGGAGAGGAUUUUCCGGAGUGGGUUACCGUCCCAGCCCUUGAACUGUGGCUGCCUACACAACAUGUGCAUUGCUUUUACUCCUCAGAGAACCACAGUCCCUGGGAUUUUUUUUGGGAGGGGGGAGUGGUGUGUGUUAAAUGUAGACUAUGUAAGCAGUCUCUGCCAGCCAGUCCAAUGGUGUGAACACCUUCUCAGGCCUGUCCUCACUCCCUGUCAUGGACUGGCUGGAUGCAGAGGAGUGGGGACACGAACCAGCUGGGGAACCCCCCCCCAGGGAACGCCCAGGGGAAGAAGGCUCAGACCCAGGGGACUGGUGGUGGGACAACAACGAGUGGUCAGAGGGAGAAGAGGGAGGAGACUGGGAGCAGGAGCAGUGUUCAAAAUUAGCCAGGUGCGUUUUGUGACUGGCAUGGGUCCAAUUGCGACCAUGUGGAGAUCUCUGGAAGUCAGGCUGGUGACUACGGAAAGCAAAAUGCCACUUAGAGGAAGAUCUGAAAUAUUUUCCUUGAAGCUUGAAUUGUGUUUUACAGUGGUACCUUGGUUCUCAAACUUAAUCCGUUCUGGGACUCCGUUUGACUCCCAGAACAGUUCAAAAACCAAGGCACAGCUUCCAAUUGGCUAUAGGAGCUUCUUGCACUCAAUCGGAAGCCAUGUCAGACGUCCAGAUUCCGAAAAACGUUCGCAGACCGGAACACUCCCUUCCGGGUUUGUGGUGUAUGGGAGCCAAUUUGUUCAGGAGCCAAGCCGUUCUGGAACCAAGGUACCACUGUAUUCUGGAUUGUUUUAUUUGAUGUUUUAAUGUGUUUUAAUGUGUUGUAAAUAGCUUUGAGAUUUAUUCAUAUAUAUAUAUAUAUAUAUAUACACACACAUAUAUGUGAAAAUAAGAGUAAGAAUAAGAGGUUCCAUUGGAAAAACAAAAAAUGCGGUACCUAGAGGUUCCGUUGUGGUGACUAUAACCUAUAUACCUGCAUUUCUAACGCUGAGGAGGAGUCAGAAACUGAAGAGGUAACAGGGUUUAGUGAGCAGGAAGAAGCUGUGGCAGAGAGCAGUCCAGAAGCAGAGGCUGGAGAGGAGUCAAAAGGCAGAGUGGAGGCAGGUUGCUGAAGAAGUUGGGGGGUCUCCUCCUCCUGUGGCACUCAGCUCCCUGCUCCCCAGUCUCCAAGAACCCAAAGAGGAAUGAAGAGGGCGGAGCAAAGAGAGACAAGACGAAGGGGCCUCAGGUUGCUUGGAGAGAAGGAGACUUGGGCAACUGUGGGAAGGCAGUCCUCACAACUGCCACAUUGAGGCAAGAUCUAUUAACUCAACCUGAGCUGCUUUUUGUUUCUUUGAAUAAAGAGUUAGCUUCGCCAAUACCUUGUGAGUUACUGCUGACCUUACACCAACACCUGCCCUGACACUCACUUCCACAUGACGGAGGGCAAGGUUUAUGGUAUCUCCUAAGCGAGGGGGCCUGUGAAGAAUCCGACAUUUUGGGAUGGUUCGCUUCGGAGAGAUUUGGGUGCAUGGAUGCGCUUUCACCCCAGAGGCCUUUGGGAUCUGUUCUUCCCCAUCUCCUCCUCCCUGUAGCUGAGUGAUUCCUUCCAGAGCUGAUAAAUGAAGACUUGGAUGGCAAAGCAGGGUGUUGCAACCUGGUGGGAUGAUUUGAGGGAAACUGGGAGGGCGGAGAUGGUGAAGAUGUGUGGCAAUUAGCCGUUCGACCGGGGAAGGUGCGAAAGGUGCAUGUGUAGUAGCAGAAAUCCUGUAGAUAAGGCUGGAAGGCUAGACAGGAAGAUAUUAUCAACAACAAUAAUAAUUAGAUUAGCUUUGGCCCAGAGGAAGCUACUUAGCUGGGCAGGAGAGCAAGAAAUAAAUCGAGGGAGGCAGGAAGGGGCAUGGGGGGAGACCCCAGGUCUGUCUGAUAAGGAUGCCAAAAAUAAUUAUUAAUGAUUUUAGACGAUCCUGGAAAAACCGAGAGGACAGGGGGUGAGAUAAUGAAAUGGCUGAAACCUGCUAAUUUGGGGUCUGCCGAGGGCAAGGCUGUUGCAAGACAUGUGCCUUUCUUUCUCCCCUCAGCCCCCGCCACCCGGUCGAAACGCUGUCAUGUUUACCUGCCUUUUUGAAAAGAAAUGUUUAUAAAUGGUGGCAGCAGUAUGGAAAGAAGAACCGGCUGUUUUGGGGGUGGAGAGGAGCUGCCAAGGAUGGGGGUUGCACGGGGGUGAUUUUGGUCCGGGUGUGUGGGCGAGGCAGGCUGAGGGCCGAGGAUGAGAGGUGAGCGAGAAAGAUUGAGAUCACAGCUGUAAAGACUGGGGAGGGGGGGCAAGGGGGGAUAUGCUGUACUAUCAUCACCCAGCCCUUGGUACUUGUUAUUCUGGGCAGGAGCGGACGCUGGCGACUCCAGCAGAGAUGCAGCGGAAGAAGCUGCAGCGGUAUUGGCGGGGUGGGGAAAAGCUGAGGACCUGGAUAUCAUCUCCCCACCCUCAUGACUCACUAUUCUCCUGGAGAAAAGGAGUCUCCCAUGGUUAGCCCUCUGCCGGCGUCUUCCUUUAUAGAAAAGGGACAAAGGUGGAGAAAGUGAGAAAAAUAGGUUUGUGUUCUCUCUCUCUCUUGCACACAAAAACCAUUGUGCUUUCCAACCUUCCAGUCUCUAAUUAGGCCACACACACACACUGUUCCUCAGUCUGCAAAGGCAGGGAAUUCUGUGAUGGAAUUUAUAUUUGGGGGAGACCGCCACGUUUUUACGCAAGAGCACAGCGGCACAGAUUAUCAGCAGGUGCCUAAUAUACCCCAUUCCUCGCACCCGUAGGGCGUCUCGGACUCCCUCGCCUGGAUCUGCUACAUUGCACCCAGGGGUGUUGAUAGCAGGUGGCCUAGGGGAGAGCCAACCUCUUUUGUGUAUGUGUUUUUAGCCCCAUCUCUCUCUUCCCCACCCCCAAUAUUUAUUUACUUAUUUAUUUGCACUUUGUUUACGGGCUGGCCCAGCACACUGCAAAGUGCCCUGCCGCUUAGGGUUCCAGGCCACCCGCCAUCUUCAUUGACUUUUCGGUCGUGGCUCUGAUUGUGUUGAUCUGUGGUUGCCGGGCAUCCCGCAUGGAUGGUAUCGACUGGCAACAGGUGACUUGCAAGCACUGGAAGAUGCGGGUGGCACUGUGGUCUAAACCACUGAGUCUCUUGGGCUUGCCGAUCAGAAGGUCAGUGGUUCAAAUCCCUGCGACGGGGUGAGCUCCCGUUGCUCUGUCCCAGCUCCUGCCAACCUAGCAGUUCAAAAGCACGCAAGUGCUAGUAGAUAAAUAGGUACCGCUGUGGUGGGAAGGUAAACGGCGUUUCUGUGUGCUCUGGUUUCCAUCACAGUAUCCCAUUGUGCCAGAAGCAGUUUACUCAUGCUGGACACAUGACCCGGAAAGCUGUCUGUGAACAAACGUCAGCUCCCUUGGCCUGAAAGCGAGAUGAGCGCUGCAACCCCAUAGUCGCCUUUGACUGGACUUAACCGUCCUGGAGUCCUUUACCUUUUCUUUUACCUGCAAGCGCUGGACAGGGCGGAAAGGGGAAAUGGGUGCCUGUGAGUAGGUGCGGGAGAGAAAUUGCAUUAGAGGUUCGAUGAGACUUCAAAGUUUUAAUUCUAAUAUGUACCUAAGCAGCAGCUCUUGCCAAUAGAUCGCAGGUGGGGCAGAGGUCCCAAUUAACGUACAGCGAGCCCAGAAAUUGCUGCUGGCACUCAAUAAUACAGGCAUACCCAACCUGCGGCCCUCCAGAUGUUUUGGCCUACAACUCCCAUGAUCCCUAGCUAACAGGACCAGUGGUCAGGGAUGAUGGGAAUUGUAGUCUAAAACAUCUGGAGGGCCAAAGGUUGGGGAUGCCUGAUGUAAUAGACUAAUCUUUGACAGUGAGAACCUAAGGUGUCUUCCCCCUCGGAAACUCUGCAUCUAUAUAAAUGGAUGGACUGUAUCCAGCCAAGUCCUACUCAUAGUAAACCUGUGUGGAACCCAAAAGGAUCCAAGUCAGCAGCUUCCAUUAAUUUCAGUGGGCCUGCUCUGAGCUUGACUGACGUUGGUUACAGCCCUAUAGCUGCCCACUCACCUUUAAAGAACAUUCAUAGCACAUUCUCUACGCUCAAAGAAUUAUGGGCACUGUCAUCUGUUGAGAGUUGCUGGGAAUUGUGACUCCAUGAGGGGCAAACUACAAUUCCCAGAAUUCUUUGAGGGACAUAAUGAGCUUUGAACGUGUCUUAAGGCUACAGUGUGCAUGCAGCCUAUAUCUUGGAAGCGGGCCCCAAGUCUUGUGUGUACUUAGCCCUGAUCACACUCUUGGCUUAGAGAAUCUGGGUGUUGAUGCCUUUUAGUGACUGCCACCUCUUAAUUCUUCUAAAACGUUGCUGGCGUUUUUUUAGGCCCAUGAAUAUGCUCCAGGUUUUGAGCGAGAGCUGUAGGUCCCUCCCCCUCUGAUCAUUUCCUUUCUCCACCCCACAAAUGAGACCCGUAACACACACACACACACACACACACACACACACACACUGCCUCCUCAAGAGACAGAAAGGGAGAAAAUGUGCACGCACUUCGCUUUUCCAAGGGAUCUGGGUAAAAGGUGGACCAUAGAACCAUAGAUUUGUAGAGUUGGAGGGGGGCACGAGGGUCAGGAAUCUUUCACCCAGUGUGGAACUCGAACCCACAACCAUGGGAUCAAGAGUCUUCUGCUGUACUGGCUGAGGUAUAUCGAUGCGAGCCUCGAAAAGCACAUCUAGCUGAAAGAGGAAGUGGGAAAGAAUGGCACUCCUCCAACUUCUUCCUUCAGCUUGAUGAAGAAAAAGGUAAGCACCUUCCCUAUCUGAUUGCCAGGGGGGCAGUGAAGGAUGGGGGCCCCCUCAGAGGCUUUGUGGGCACCAGAAGAAGACUUCAAGGGCACCAUUGUGCCCAUGGGCACCGCACAAACAGUGUUUCCUUUGUGAGAACCCUGGCAUAACCAAUUCCCAGCGCUAGAAUUUGGAUUUCUCCUACACUGUGACUGCCCAAUCCCACCAGAUAGCUCUCAAGAAACCCGGGUGUCCUGGCUUCCACUAUUCUUCUUUUCAGCCUGUUGGAAGAAGAUGACUUUCCAGCGCCAGCAGAGGAAGAAACUUAAACACGAUGCGGAGUUUUAUAACAUAGACCAGAGGCAAUUGUACUUCAUCCAGCAUACAGAACACCAGACUAGAACAAAUUAUACAGAACACCAGACUAGAACAUUAUAGCAUACAGAACACCAGACUAGAACAAAGAGACAGAAAAGAGAUAAUAAGUGAAACUUAGGCUCCUUCUGGCCUCCCUAUUAUAGUCAGCAUGACCUUGGCAGAAAGAUAACAGAACGAGUUUAAACCAGCUGUACUCAGCUUCCCAGAAGGAAAUAACCCAAACAACAAAAACCUUCCUGCUUCUUUCACAUAGAAACUUCUUGAACCUUCUUGUAUUAAGUAGAAUAGGAAAGAUCUCCACCCAUCAGAUCAAUACUUUCUGUACUAAGAAAUGCAAACUGGCAGUGUGACGCGGCAGCUAAAAAAGCCAAUGCAAUUCUGGGCUGCAUCAAUAGGAGUAUAGCAUCUAGAUCAAGGGAAGUAAUAUUCUGCUCUGGUCAGACCUCACCUGGAGUACUGUGUCCAGUUCUGGGCACCACAGUUCAAGAAGGACACUGACAAACUGGAACGUGUCCAGAGGAGGGCAACCAAAAUGGUCAAAGGCCUGGAAACGAUGCCUUAUGAGGAACGGCUAAGGGAGCUGGGCAUGUUUAGCCUGGAGAAGAGGAGGUUAAGGGGUGAUAUGAUAGCCAUGUUCAAAUAUAUAAAAGGAUGUCACAUAGAGGAGGGAGAAAGGUUGUUUUCUGCUGCUCCAGAGAAGCAGACACAGAGCAAUGGAUCCAAACUACAAGAAAGAAGAUUCCACCUAAACAUUAGGAAGAACUUCCUGACAGUAAGAGCUGUUCGACAGUGGAAUUUGCAGCCAAGGAGUGUGGUGGAGUCUCCUUCUUUGGAGGUCUUUAAGCAGAGACUUGACAACCAUAUGUCAGGAGUGCUCUGAUGGUGUUUCCUGCUUGGCAGGGGGUUGGACUCGAUGGCCCUUGUGGUCUAUUCCAACUCUAUGAUUCUAUGAUUCUAGAAGAAGCUGUCUUUGGGCUUACAAAAAGGAUGUUGGGGUGGUGGGGGCGCUAGAGAUCCAUAUGCUCUAUUCCAUCUGAUGUGGCUGGGGGUGGUCAUGGGAAGAAUGGGAGCAACAGGAGGGGGGAAUGAGCCCACCCCAAAUAACUAGCCUUUGUAUCCAUGCAGGUGCCUACGAAACUAAGGAAGGUGGCAACUGCAGCGGUGCAAUUUUGCCAAGGACUUAAGACAACAGCCCCCUCCCGCCAUGAAGAAGCCCCCCAGGGACAGCUGGGGACUGGGCACGCCACCCAGGCAUAGCAAAGCCAGCCAAGACUACUGACCCUCUUCGCCUCUGCAGAUUGUUCCCUCGUGCAUCCAGCAGAGGGCGCAACCCCUCUCACCCUGCCGCUUCCCCACUUGGCGACCCAUGGACCCAGCAGCUUGCCGGAUGGCAGAUUGGGUGCCCUGCUUCCGGCUUGCAGCUGCUUCCACGCGGACUCGGAUCCCCAGGGACUUGGUAUUGGCGUCUUGCUGGCAUUGACCUGGACCGGUUGGCAUCCUGGAUCCGGCAACACGGAAGCAACCUGACAGCCACCCCCUGAACCAGUUUGCUGACCAGGUGAGAGCGCAAAGGGCGGUUCCUGCCUCCCAUCUCCUUACUUCCCUGUUUCCCCCUGUGUUGAAUGUUUGAUUGUAAGAUCCUUGGUGGGUAGGGACUUGCCAGUCAUCUUGCGCUCUGCAAAGCAAAGAAAAAAAUGUUCAUAGACACCAACCGGACUUAUGGGACCAGAAGUACUGAAACAGCUGUUUUUAAUCCUUAAAAUUAGAUCCAGUGGUGAGACAACCUUGAGGGAAAGCCCGUAGGCCUAUAUCUGUAGGGAAAUGUUCCACUGUCUUUCCUCAACGUGAUGUCCAUCAGCUCCACACACGGUCCUGGGAUGUGGGGCAGCCAUUGGCAUUCACCCUCCAGGGCCAAUCUCUCUCUCUCUCUUUCUCUCUUUCUUUAUUUCUUUCUUUCUUUCUUUCUUUGGCGAUCACUCGUAGCCGAGUAAGAUUGUCUUCCAUAAACACGGUUUUAUCGUUGAGUCCAUAAGUGGCUGUGGAGGCCAAUUCUGGAUCCACACGUCCUUCCACAGUGGGGACAUUGGUUUCCGGGCAGGAGUUGAUCACGGUGUGGAUUUGCCAAGCGUGCCUUCCUCUUAGCACGUUUCUCCCUUGUGUCCUGAGUUCGAUACCUGGACCACAUAACAGCAGCGGUUGGGGAACAGGAAGUGAUGUUUAGCGAAUCCUUUGCUUCUCCCCUUCUUUAUACAUUUAUUUAUCUAGUUUUUCAAAUUAAAGUUUUGCAAUCACAUAUCCAACAUACAUCAUAAAAACAAGAUUCCAAAUAAUCUUCCCUCCUCCCUUUUGUGGGUCCUGUUUUUAGUCAUUUCCUCCUGCAUCUUUUAUAAUAAUCCAAAUCUUUUACAUCUCCAUUAUAUCCAAAAUCCACCAUUAAACUCCUUUGCUUCCUUAGCAACUGGCCAUGUCCCUUUUGGAAGGGCCUAACAUGCUCUCCAUUUUAUAUGCCUUGUUGACUGUGUCACCUCAGUGCCCCAUCUGGCUGAGGAGAGCCCUUCAAGUCGAACUUACCUAUAGGAAUUGCCGCCCCAAAACGUCUAGCGAGCGCAGGUUUGCCAAGGCUGCCUGGGAGGGACUGAGGUCUAAAAACUGAUUCUGCUUUGCAAAUGUGGCCCCCAUGCAGACAUGUUAACGUUACAAGAGAAUCGAGCUCAUUUCCCUGGUUAAGGCCCAGUUUGGCUCCUGGUCUCCCUUCUGCAAUUCUCUGAAAUGGGGAAUCCCAAGCAUGGAUCGGUCAGGAAACCAGAAGCCCUUCCUAUAAAUGCCUAUUACCCUGAAAAAAGGUCAUGUUGCUUCUCCUGCUGUCUGCCCUUGUCUGCCUGCCUUUCUAUUUUCUGCCUGGAAUAAACAGAACACAGGCUGACUGCAUUUGACGCCUCUGUCAGGGGUUACUGGAGGAGAAGCCUUUCAAUCUAGACUGUUCCACAUUCCCUUCACCGUAUACGAUGUACACCCUGGCUCAAAAGGAAAAUGGGGUGUUUGUGGGAAGGGGUGAGGUUCAUACGCUGCAAAUCUAAUUGCCCCCCCCUUAGUUUUCCUGAGGGGACGUCACAUAGAAAAUCCACUUACAGCCCACCCUUUCCUCCGGGGAACUCAAAGGUGGCACACGUGGUUCUCCUAUUUUAGCCUCACAACAACCUUGUGAGGUAGGCUAGGCUGAGAAAGUUUGACUCAUAGUGGCUUGCCCAAGGUCACCCAGUUAGCAUGGCUGAGACCCCACUGAGCUGCUUGGACCCGGGUCUGCCCAGAUAUAUUUUGACUUAAUUUCAUGGAGGGAAAACAGAGGGGUUAAAUGGGUAGCAGAAGCAAAAGAGCAAGAAUGAGAUGGCAGAAAAAAAGGAGGUUCACACCCCACUUCUGUGCAGCCCCCCACAAAUUAUCCCCAUGGCCUUUGGCAGAAAGAAAUAACAACAACAACAACAACAAUAACAGUUUUAUUAUUUAUGCCUCACCCAUCUGACUGGGUUGCCCCAGCCACUCUGGGCAGCUUCCAGCAUAUACAAAAACAUAAUAAAACAUUAAAAACUUCCCUAUACAGGAAAACUGCCCUGUCACUGAUCUAACCUUUAUACAGUACUGCUUUUCUGGGUAAAGUAAGUUGGCAUGCCAAGUAGGCCAAGUAGGCCUGUAGGAAAUUGGGCAAGUUUUUUAGGUGGGGAGGACCAAAGCUGGUCUCCCCACAAGGUAACUCUAAACAGAGGCCCAGGACGGCUUAUUCUAAGACAGGCCUCCUCAACCUCGGCCCUCCAGAUAUUUUGAGACCACAAUUCCCAUCAUCCCUGACCACUGGUUCUACUAGCUAGGGAUCAUGGGAGUUGUAGGCCAAAAAACAUCUGGAGGGCCGAGGCUGAGGAAGCCUGUUCUAAGGGGUGACGGUUUUGUCACAUCAAUGGACGAGGCUUCCCUUUUCCUCUUCUGCUGGGGAAGUGAAGUUGAGGGCAUGCUGAAGGCGAAUGCGCAAGAGGGCAGAACCCCAAUGGAACAGAUGCAGCCAUUUCCAGCGGCAGCCCAGUUGCCCCCAAAUAAUGAGCAGACAUAGGACGCAUUUCUAGGAACACAGGGAGCUGGCCUUAUUCCAGGCCAGACUAGUGAUGUCCACUCUGACUGGCAGCCACUGUCCAGGGCCUCAAGCAGAGAAUCCUUUCCCCCUACCUGCAUACCUGAUUUGUUUACCAGGGGUUGCUGGGGAAUGAACCCAGGACCUUAUAGGCAGUAACCUCUUGUGAACCCACUUCAGUGAGCAUUGGGAAUCAGCGUAACGCUGAAAAGUAGCCACACUGAACUUCGGUUCUGAGGUAACCAUGGCCCCAAAGACUUGCAUGACCUUGGUUGUCCCCCUCCCUCCUUAAAUAUAUGUUGAAAAAUAUGUUUUCUGUCCUGUCUUCAGGCAUCAUGUCGGGAGAUUAUGAUGAAGACAGACACCGCAGGGCAAUGGAGCUUCUUCAUGUGCUGUGUUCCAACACAUGCGCUGCCCAGGAACGCGAGAAGUGUCAGGAACUGACAGGCCAUGUGGGUCCCAUCAACUCAGGUGAGGAGCCUAGAGGUAGGGGAGGAUAUGGCCCAUAUCUAGAGGAAGGAUCUCAGCAGGAGGAAGAAUCGUGGCCUAGGCGUAGGCAGGAGUCCAUGAAGGUGAGGGGGAAGGCACAGGGACUGUUAGGGUAAUAUCAGAUUUUCAGUGUUGAUGCUGGCACUCAGGCAAAUGGCGUUUCAGGUGAUCCGUGUUUACCAACCAAAUGUGAAGAUGCAGUCUUGACAGGAUCUGUGGGAUCCUGGCAAUUGUAUUUUAAAACAAUCAAGUUUCCAGUCCUCACUGCUUUUGCUGGAGCAAAAAACCCACCCCCCGUGGGUGGUGGGGUGGGUACAAAUGCUUUGAAUUGAGAAGUGUAAACAUGUCAACUCCUGUUGCAAAAACGCAAAUUACCUCCAAUUUGAUUUUUAAAAAUAAAAUAAAAUUCUGGAAGUUUCUUGUUUAAACCUUCAUUGCUGGGGUAUUUAUUAGGGCACGGGUUGUGCUGGCUGUCUCUUGCAAGAGUGGGAUUUAAUGGGAGGCAUAUUUUAGCAAUGGAGAAAUCUGGAAGGCUGGAUAUACAAGAGAGACCUUUUGUUCAAGGUGCCAGCCAGUGAGCCAUUUCUGUUUUCCAGGGGACUCCAUUCCAUUGUCUUCCAUCCGUUUUCUUCCCUCAGCAGAUGGCCCUGUGGCCAUCGAGCAUGCUCAGUCCUCAGUAGACUGUUUCGGGUCUCUCCCCCAUCACCCUAAUUUAUUACUAUCAUUAUUACUAUUUCCACAGCUUGGGGGGUGGCUUUCCCCGUAGCCCAAUGAUACCUCCCUCUUGUGCUUAGAUUCAUAGAAUUGGACCAUCUGGUCCAAACCCCUGUAAUGCAGGAAUAUGCAGUUGUCCCAUACUGGGAUCGAACCUGCAACCUUGGCGUUAUCCUCACCACACUAGCCAACUGAGCUGCCUAAGACUCCACUCUUGGCAAGCUGAGUUUCCUAAUAUGUACGAUUUAUUCUAUUCAUAUCUCGAUUUUGAGACAAGUGGCCCCCAAAGCAUCUUUUCUAUUAAAACCUGCAGAAAAGGCAUAUUAUUAUUAUUAUUAUUAAAAUUUGUAUACUGCUCUUCAUCCGUAGAUCUCGGGGCGGUUCACAGUAUCAUUAGGGGUUAUGUGGAUUUGUCUGCCAGGGUGUCAGGAGCUGGACUGAGGAGGAAAGGUGGGGAUUGCUAUCCCGCCCCCUUCCUGAACUUUCCCGAGAAGAGGAGGACAGUAUAGAUUUAGAUCAGUGGUUUGCAGAAGGGCAUAGUUCACAGGCUGCAGAGGGGAGAAGCUGGGGAAUAUUGGGAGAGGAACAACAGGAAGAAGCAGCAGCACCAGGGGAGAGACAGCUGACAGACUGAGGGUCUUCUUUGGAAAGCAUUCCUGACCCCCACCCCCAGGAUCAUGUGAGCCUUGAGAGUAGUAGAACAGAGAGCUCUGAGGCAGAAAGCUCAGAUUAGCCGCCGCAGGGGUGACGUAGAAUAGGAAAGACGGAGGGGGUGGGAGUUUACUCAGAGCAACGCCAUUAUCUUUGGGAGACUGAAUUCCUUCGUCUCUCUCUCUGUGAAUACAGUGGUACCUCGGGUUACAUACGCUUCAGGUUACAUAUGCUUCAGGUUACAUACACUUCAGGUUACAGACUCCACUAACCCAGAAAUAGCACCUCAGGUUAAGAACUUUGCUUCAGGAUGAAAACAGAAAUCGUGCUCUGGCGGCUCGGCGGCAGCAGGAGGCCCCAUUAGCUAAAGUGGUGCUUCAGGUUAAGAACAGUUUCAGGUUGAGGACGGACCUCCGGAACGAAUUAAGUACUUAACCAGAGAUACCACUGUAUUGAAUAAAAUUACUUGGUAAAAAUUCUUCUUGUUUACCUGCUUUUUGGCUGCCAGUGCGGGAGGGAUCAGAUUCACAAGGCCUCUACUGGCAGUUGGUGACAUCGCCCAGCUUCCGGUCUGUUCCGUCCUGAGUAGACGAGGCCCCAGAGGGUGCUGGAGACGGUUGCUGCAUGAGGCCAGUGCUGGCUUGAUAGUGUCAGCCAAGUCAUACAAGCAGCCCUGCCAUUGACCUGCAGAGCCUCCUGGCCUGCGGCCAUUGGCAAUAAUAGUUUAGGUGUCCUGGGCAGGGCAGGGGACAGUGUCCAGCAGAGGAGAGGGGACGCACCUGGGCCGGCGACCGAGAUGCCAGGCACCUACAGCAGCCACCUCCCUGCCGUUGACCUCCCGUCGUGGUAUCUGCCCCUCCACUUUUCUCCCCUAGAGAUCCUGGUCAGCCUCCUGUCAGUGAUCGUGACCUUCUGUGGGAUCGUGCUGCUGGGCGUCUCCCUCUUUGUCUCGUGGAAGCUGUGCUGGAUCCCCUGGCGGGACAAGGGCUCCUCUUCGCAGACGCAGCGCAAGGAGCACCCCCUCCAUGCUCACCUCCACCAUUCGCCUUUCGGGGACCUCCUGGCCGAGCGGGUGGAGCUGGGUCCCGAGAUGCCCGAAAGGUCCUACCUCGAUAUGGAUUCCUACCCCGAGGCCAACCUCAAGGUCAGCCAGACCUCCCCUGACCUCCCCGUGGAAGGCCAGACCAGCACCAAGGAAGGCACCAUGCCCAACGCCCACUCCCAUCAGCAAGUAGCAAGCUUGGCGCCCACGCCCAGGUGAGUUGGGAAGGUGGGAGGGUCGCCAGGGGCGGUGGGCAUAAGGAUGAAACAGGGAAAGAUGGUUUAAGGACUUUAGGAAAUGGCACUCGUUUGCUGUUUUCCUGUUCCAUCCUUCCCCCUUUUGUGUCAUGUCCUCUGGUUUGUGAGCAGAGACAGCCUUGUUUUAAGUCAUAGCAAGCCGUUUGGGAAGGGACGUGGGUGGCGCUGUGGGUUAUACCACAGAGCCUAGGACUUGCCGAUCAGAAGGUCGGCGGUUCGAAUCCCCGCGACGGGGUGAGCUCCCGUUGCUCUGUCCCUGCUCCUGCCAACCUAGCAGUUUGAAAGCAUGUCAAAGUGCAAGUAGAUAAAUAGGUACCGCUCCGGCGGGAAGGUAAACGGCGUUUCCAUGCGCUGCUCUGGUUCGCCAGCAGCGGCUUAGUCAUGCUGGCCACAUGACUCAGAAGCUGUUUGCGGACAAACGCCAGCUCCCUCGGCCAAUAAAGUGAGAUGAGCGCUGCAACCCCAGAGUUGGCCACGACUGGACCUAAUGGGCAGGGGUCCCUUUACCUUUACCUUUUAAGCCGUUUGGGAAGACUUUUCAGCCAGUUUGUAGCCGAAGAAAUAAAUGGUACUCCUGUCAUUGCAGGAGGUUGUUGUGGAGGAGAAAUGGGCAAGGUGUGGCAUUUCUGUGGAGAACAUACACUGAAUGAUGAAGCAAGGGCAGCUCCAGGUUUCAGUGGCCCAAUGAAUUGCUCUUGUAUGGGCUGCCUCCAGCGUUGGUUACUUGAGGAUCGGGGACAGCACUCUGACGCUGGGAGCUGCCAUUUUAAUUCCCCGUAGUGCCUGAGAGCAGGGGCAGCCCUCCAGAAGCUGGGCGCCAACUCCCAUCAGACUCAGCAGUAUGGCCAACAGCUAGGGAUGCUGGGAAUUGUAGGACGAAGGCAUUCUCAGUGGUGGCCCCAAGCAAGAUGUAGCGAUAUGUAUUUGAGGGAAUGUGUGCCCCUCUAAUCUGUGCGGCAGAGUUGGAUACAAAAUCUGGGAAAACCUCAGACUUUGGGGCUCCCUACCUUUUUUAGACAUGGGUGGCGCUGUGGGUUAAACCACAGAGCCUAGGACUUGCCGAUCAGAAGGUCAGCGGUUCGAAUCCCCGUGAUGGGGUGAGCUCCCGUUGCUCAGUCCCUGCUCCUGCCAACCUAGCAGUUCGAAAGCACGUCAAAGUGCAAGGAGAUAAAUAGGUACCACUCCAGCGGGAAGGUAAACGGCGUUUCCGUGCGCUGCUCUGGUCCGCCAGAAGCAGCUUAGUCAUGCUGGCCACAUGACCUGGAAGCUGUACGCCGGCUCCCUCGGCCAAUAGAGCGAGAUGAGCGCCACAACCCCAGAGUUGGCCACGACUGGACCUAAUGGUCAGGGGACCCUUUACCUUUACCUUUUUAGAUGGCAACAACUCUGCAUAUAUUUGAAAGGCUUGCAAAGAAGGGGCACGUUUUUUAACCUAAGCAUUUGGGAAUCUUUGUUCAUCUUACUGAUUUUCUUUUGUUUGUGCUGUUGUUUUUAGUUGGUUUGAUUGUUCCCUGUACUGUGUUUCUUAUUGAUUAUUGCUGUGUAACCUGCCCUGGGACCUUCUGGUCCAGGGUGGGCGAUGUAUGCAUUGAAGACAUGAACCUGGGAGGCCUGGUAUGUUGAAUUGUAACUGACCCCUUAACUACGGCCCAGACUCUUCCUUCCCUUGACCGGGAAAACACCCGAAGCAGUUGCAUAUUGAACAGCUAUCUAAGAAUAUUGGGGGUUUUUUAAAGGGGAAAACCCACCUUAAAUUGCCAACAGAUUUGGGGCAUAAAUUCAACAGUCGAGGCUCAACGGGCAAUGAAUAGUGUGGCAAGUAGGAUUCAAGUGUUGCCUCCGUUGUGAACUCUUUGGAAAAGUUACCAUGUGGCACAGAAACUGUGGAACUCACUGCCACAAGAGGCGGUGAUGGCCGCCAACCCGGAUGGCUUUAAAAGAGGAUUAGGCAGGUUCAUUCAUCCAGUGUUGGAGGGAGUGUGGCUCUGAAUUCCAGAAAUCACAAGAGGGGAGAGUGCUCUUGUGUUCAAGUUUCGGGCUUUGCUUUCGGGUUUCCCGCAGGUAUGUGGCUGGCUACUGUGAGAACAGCGUGUUGGACUACGAUGGGCCUCUGGCUUGAUUCAGCAGCUUCUUCUCAUGCUCUUAUUCCUUGGCGUUGCGGCUCAACCCUAAAAUGAAAAUUGUAGGGACAACCCACAAGGUUGUUAUGAGGACAACGAAAAUAAAUAGUGUUUCCAGGUGUCUGGAAUCUAGACCAGCUGCUUUAAAAAUCUUUUUGGACUAUCUGAGAAAUUGUUAAUGUCAAAUGAAAUCGCAGGCAGGUCCAGAAAUAUAAGCAAAGGAACGAUAAAGGAAUGCAAUGUAGGGUUUAUAUUAUAGAAACAAGUUUUUAAGGCAGUGGAUAAAAGAACUUGGAACAGAAACAGCAUGGAAAUAAGGAUGGGAUGUCAAAAUGAUAAGGGAAUCCUGUAUGAAACGCAAUUGAAUUUGUUAAAUUGGGUGAAAAUCAUUUUAAAAAAUUAUGACCAAAACAAAAAAAUCUCUACAAUGAGGAGUCACUCUAUCUCUCUCCUCCAAUGCUUUUCUUCCCUGGCCAAGGGCAGAAUUCAACUUAGUGUUGAGGAGAUUCCUCCAUAAGCACAAGCAUUUUAAAUAAUAAUAAUAAUAGUAUUUAUACCCUGUCCAUCUGACUGGGUUUCCCCAGCCACUCUGGGCAGCUCCCAACAGAAUAUUAAAAACACGAUAAAACAUCAAACAUUUAAAAACUUCCCUAAACAGGCCUGCCUUCAGAUGUCUUCUAAAAGAUAGUUUUUUAUCUCUUUGACAUCUGAUGGGACAGUGUUCCACAGGGCAGGUGCCACUACCAAGAAGGCUCUCUGCCUGGUUCCCUGUAACCUUGCAGUGAGGAAACCGCCAGAAGGCCCUCAGAGCUGGACCUCAGUGUUCGGGCUGAACGAUGGGGGUGGAGACACUCCUUCAGGUAUACUUGCUUGAUGGAACAAUGUCCCCUCUCCUCACGCCUGGCUGUCGGAAGUUCUCUUGACCCUCGCAGAGGUGAUUCGGAGGUGUGGGGGGAUGAGAGGGGGGGAAACCCUAUUGCACCAGUGGAAAUCUUUUCACUGGCUUCCAUUUGCAGCACCCCUUAGUUGAAUUUGGCCCAGAAGAUUCUCAAUUUUUCCGGUGAAUCUGCCCAGGGUGGCUAAUCUAUACGGUCACGCAAGCCACUGUUUUUUCCUCCCCUUUCUCCCCAGGUACAAUACGCUGCCACGCCCCGUGACACAGCAGUUGAGCAGCCCGGACACCGGGGUCCACGUAGGGGAAGAAAAGGUGGAACAAGUGACUAGCAUUGGGCAGAUAAAGCCCGAGUUAUACAAGCAGCGCUCGGGCGAGUCGGACUCCAAGAAAGGCGAGGCCGCGAGCUGCGGGCGGAUCAGCUUUGCCCUGCGCUACGCCUACGGCACCGAGCAGCUGGUGGUGAGGAUUCUGCGGGCCUUGGACCUGCCCGCCAAAGACGCCAACGGCUUCUCCGACCCCUACGUGAAAAUGUACCUGCUUCCCGACCGCAAGAAGAAGUUCCAGACCAAGGUGCACCGCAAGACGCUGAACCCCAUUUUCAACGAGACUUUUAACUUCAACGUCCCCUUUGCCGAACUGCCCUCGCGCAAGCUGCACUUCAGCAUCUACGAUUUCGACCGCUUCUCCCGCCACGACCUCAUCGGCCAAGUGGUGCUCGACAACCUGCUGGAGAUCGCAGAGAGGGACAACGACGCGCCCCUCUGGAGGGACAUCAUGGAGGGACAUUCGGUGAGCGGGGUGAUAAAUCUGGGGCGGGGAUGUGGGGGGUGGGCACCUCCUCAAAACGACAGCGCGUGCCCAAGUCUAGCCCUCUUCAGGUACAUGAUUUAAUGCACAAGGGUUAAAAUGAGGGGCAGCGGUGCACAUGCAAGCUAUGCCCUCUGUGCCUCCCCAUAUUUCUGCUCCUUGGUGUAAGCUAGGGCUGGCCGAUAUAUCGGCCAAAACUGGUGUGAAGUCCAUAUCGUGAGAGUGGUUUCCUAGUUUCUGACCUGGCAAUAUAUCAUGGAUCAGGAUGUGUGUUAGGGCUGGGCGAUAUAUAGUCCAAAACCGGUUUGAAGUCCAUAAUUUUUGACCUGGCAAUAUGUUGCAAAUCAUGGUGUGUGUGUGUGUGUGUGUGCGCGCACUCUGCAAUGCCUCCACAUAGUUCCAUCCUUAUUUCAGAUAUUGUGAUACAGUACAGUGGUACCUCGGGUUACAUACGCUUCAGGUUACAGACUCCGCUAACCCAGAAAUAUUACCUUGGGUUAAGAACUUUGCUUCAGGAUGAGAACAGAAAUCGUGGACCAGCGGCGCGGCAGCAGCGGGAGGCCCCAUUAGCUAAAGUAGUACCUCAGGUUAAGAACUUAAUCAUUCUGGAGGUCCGUUCUUAACCUGAAACUGUUCUUAACCUGAGGUACCACUUUAGCUAAUGGGGCCUCUUGAUGCUGCCGCCGCACAAUUUCUGUUCUCAUCCUGAAGCAAAGUUCUUAACCCGAGGUACUAUUUCUGGGUUAGUGGAGUCUGUAACCUGAAGCGUCUGUAACCUGAAGCGUCUGUAAUCCGAGGUACCACUGUAUAUUGGUGUAUUGCGAAGUUUAGCUGGUGAUACAUCAUGAAGUUGAAAACCAAAUUAUCAUCCAGCCCUGGUGGAAACGCACCAAUAGGAGCACCAGAUUUGUUCCACUGGUGCAUUUGCAGUGCGCCAAUCUUCCUUCUGCCUCAUCAUGCGUCUUGGAAAGCAACAGUGAACCCACCUGCUGGCAAAUUGCUUCCGAUGAUCAUUAGGGCAGCUGAGACUGGAAUGCAGGGCCCAAAUGCAGGGUCCCUCUUAGUGAUCACAUGGCAAAAGUUGUGGCUUGCAGCAAACAGGUCUGUGGCCAGCCUGCUGGGGCUGGUCGCUAUAUAGCCUUCUUUCUCUCUUCCUUUUAAUUUCAUAAAAUGUUUUAUAGUUGGGGGACAGCCAGCUUGGCACAUACACGAUUACAGAUGCUCAGUUUAUUAUUUUUACUUUCAAAAUGUAUCAUCCUCUUUUCUUUUCUUUUUUUUCUGGCGCAAAAUGUCCAUGCUUAUACUCUAGUGAACACAUCUAGCCUGUAGCAAUAAUGGUGCUGUGAUUGAAAAUGAGUUAUAAAAUGUGAAACUACACAUGCUGAGGGUAUUUUUCCCCUUCUUUAAUCAGAGUUGGCAAGCUGGGUUCUCUCUCUUUCUCUCUGUUCCUUGGAGGUGGGGGAGAAGAGAAAUUUUAAUUGUGUCCUUCCCAACUGAAGCGACAGAGAUAAUACAUACUGCUCAAUCCCAUGCCCCUGGACGCUCCAUGUAAGUCCAUUAGAUUCAGGGUCCAAAAUUACCAAGUUUCACCUCCGAAUGUGAUGUAGGAAGCAUUGCCCUCAGUCUGAUUUGGCUUUGCUUGACUGUAAUGAGAUUGAUUGAUUGAUUGAUUGAUUGAUUAUUUAUUUAUUCAAUUUAAAUAGACAAAUCUGACUGGCUGCAGUAUGUCAUCACUCUUCCCGAGAAAGGUGAAGCUCCCUUCUCCUUAUUAAGGGGAAACUGCCACUUCAAAAGAGGCCCUGCGCAACACAGUCUCUCCUCUUCUCUUGGCAAAGGGAGACCGGUUGAUUUCAUGGCAAGCAGCGAGCCAACGCUGCUAGCCCCGAAAUGCCAUGUCUCUCAGUGAAACAGGAAUCCUGCAAAAUUUCAGCACAGCCCUAGUAUGACUGGUAGGCACCAGUUCGUAAGUGCAGUAUUACCCCCUAAUAGUAUCAUACAUGGGGUCUACGAGAAAAGAGGCAUCCCUAGUAAAUUUGUGGCUGAGGUGAGUUUUUCUGAGCGUUUUUGGCUCAGAAGCCCUGCUCUUAGGCACUGUUCAGAGCCAGUACCCAGUUCACUCUUGAGUAUGGAGGACUGACGAAUAAACCCCAUACUCCGUAGGCUCCCCACUUCUGAAAAUGGUGUGCCUAGUAUAGUGAAGCGAACCCAUCCCUGCAUCUCAGCUGUUAAAAAAGGAGAAGGGGUUGUCAGCUGGUUAUUUAUUUAUUUAUUUGGGUAAAGUUUUAAGUUUCAUUUCAUUUUAUAACGUAUAUAAAACAGAGAGAACAAACAAAAAUAUGAAGAUGAGAAACAAAAUUAUAAAAUAGGUACGUAGAAUGAGUAGUUGCACAUGAGUUAACAGAGUCCAAGUAUAGACUAUUAACAUUAUCAGAUCAUCAAGUCUAACUCCAGGCUUGUGAUGGGUAUAAUCAGUUUUAAUGCCGGCCAUUCGACACAGUCAAAAGCCUUAAAAAAAUCCAAUAUACCAGCUUUCAAUUUAUUUCUUAUUAUAUCUAUUUUAUUCAGCACUCUUCCUAUUAAGCUAGACACCUGUGUCUUCCUGCUACAAAGCCACAUUGGUUUUUAUUUAUAUAUUUAUACAUAAAAUUAUUCAUCCUUUUUGCCAUUAUCGUGGCCAAUAUUUUAGCAUCUUGAUUUAUUAGGGAAAUCAGCCUAUAUGAUCCUGGGUCCUUCAAAUCUUUUCCUGGUUUUGGAACUAAGAUAAUUAUUGAUGGUUCCCACAAUGGAGGGAUCCUCUCACCCUCUAUUACUGAAUUAUAUAAUGCUUUUAAUUUAGGAACCAAUAUUUUUAAAAAUACCUUCUAAUAUUCUGCUCCCAAUUCAUCUGCUCCUGGGGCUUCUCCCCCUUUUAGUUUCCCUAUAGCUUCCUCUCUUUCUUUUCCUGAAAUUGGCUGUUCCAUAGCCUCUCUAUCCCUGCUUUCUAGCUUUAUCUUCCAGUGUGUCUUGAUAUAUUCUUUCAUCUUCCCCAUAGAAUAUGUUACCUGCCGAAUAUAACUCUUGGUAAAACUCCUUAAAUACUCUCAACUUAUCUUCCAUCUGAUUGUGAAUAUUACCCGUUUUAUCUUUUAUUAGGCUAAUUGAAUUCUUUACUUUUUUUGACGGUACAGCUCUCGCCAGCAAUUUGGAAUUUUUAUUACCAUGUUCAAAAAAUUAUCUUUUCAAGCAUAUCAAAUCCCUCUGCACUUUUUCCAUAUCUUUAUUUUCUAACACCUUCCUUUUUGCCUGUAAUUGUGCAUAACGUCUUUUAUGUUUAUCAUGAAUAUAUUGAUUUUACAAUGUCCUAAUUUCUUCCUCUAAUUUUUUCAUCUCUUUUUGUCCCCCCCACCCCACCCUUCAAUUUACUGGAUUCCCUAAUGCCAAUUCCCCUCAUCACUGCUUUCAUUGCAUCCCAUAUGAUUGCUUGAGUGCUUUGGCCCUUCUCAUUAAUCUCCCAUAUGUCUAAUAAGUCUUUCCCUAUCUUAUUUACUGUUUGACUAUCAUUGAAGAUCCUUGUAUCUAACUGGGACUGGUGAUUCAAACGCUUCAUGCCAUGUGAGUCAUGGGCAGGGGAGUCUUUGGGAAGCCCCUUUUCUCCACCACGCAGCAAGGAAUUGGAGCAUGUGUCCCUGGGAGAAAGAGCUCAUUCUGUUCCUCCAUGAGCUGUUCGCAGGGUUUCUGUGCUGCGUUUUGCGGAAGGGGAGCCCUAAUUCAUCCGGCUGCUGCACAGCAACCCAUCAAACUGAGUGUGUGUGAGGCGUCUUUGCAUGUGUGUGUGCAUGCAUGAGAGAACAGUACAUGUGCGCAUACAUGUGUGGCGUUCUCAAAUCCAUGCCACACUCUUGUGUCGCUUUAAGAGUCACGAUACCCUCUUCAAAAUGCCCAAAAGGCCUGUCACAAAGAAGAGGGGCAAAGACUUGCUCUGCUACUGCUUCAAACGAAAGGACUAGAUCAGCGGUUCUCAACCUGUGGGUCCUCAGAUGUUGUUGGACUACAGCUCCCAUCAUCCCUGAGCUCUGGCCUUGCUAGCUAGGGGUGAUGGGAGUUGUAGUUCAACAACAUCUGGAGACCCACAGGUUGAGAAAGGCUGGACUAGAUCUAACAGGCUUAAAUGCCAGGAGGGUAGAUUUCAGCUGAAGAUUCAAGAGAGCUUCUUGACGGCAAGAGCAGGUCAGUCACAUCCACACCAUGUGUUUAAAGCACUCUUGUGCGACUCAUGGUGCUUUCCCCCAAAGAAUCGUGGGGCCUUUAGCUUUAGGGGUCUCCUUAACAACUCCAAAGGCUGUCACAUGGGAGAUGGAGCGAGCUUGCUUUCUCUAGCUCUGGAGGGCAGGACUCGAACCCAUGGCUUCAAGUCGCAAGGAAGGAGAUUCCGACUCGACACCAGGGGAAAACUUUCUGGCAGUAAGAGCUGUUCCGACAGUGGAGGGAAGUUGUGGACUCUCCUUCCUUGGAGGUUUUUCAGCAGAGGUUGGGUGGCCAUCUGUCAUGGGUGCUUUAUCUGAGCUUCCUGCCUUGGUCCCAAUGACCCUUGGGGUCGCUUCCAACUCUAUGAACUCUAUGAUUCUAUUAACUCUUCAGCUCCCAGUCAGAUGGCUUUGAAGGGGGGUUAAAAAUAAAUAAAUCCACAGAGAAUAGGUCCACCAGUGGCUGGUACCCCAGAUGGAUGGAUAUGUUCCACUGUCGGAGAGGGGGCCAGUUUUGGGGAGACGCAAGUGGGGAGGGUGUUGCUGCCCUCAGGUGCUCCUUGCAGGCUUCUUUUAGGGAUCUGGUCGGCCACUGGGAGAACAGGAUGCUGAGCUAAACAGGCUUUCCGCCUGAUCCCUCUCGGCUUCUCCCUCCUUGCCACCCUUUCCCUUGGCAUCAGCACAAAGCAGGUUUGCUUUGCCCAACUCCCUGGUGCAUAUUUUUAGCUGGAUUUGUUAUUCAGGAAGCCGGUGGCUAAUUAGGGCAGUCAGGUGUGAGGCAGACAGUCCCCUCUCCCGCCUCCUUCCCUGUGUCAUCCCGAUGCCCCUUCAUCUCAGUCUCCCUGGUUAUGACAGGUGCUUUGAUUUACCAACCCCCCCACCCCGCCCACAGUCCAGACCUGCAGCCACCUUCUUUUCCACCCCCUCACCUUCAGAGCCCUAAAUGUCCUCCCGGUUGAAUGCAAUUGUCAUUGAUUGCAAUCUUGUUCCUGAGCUCCGGGAAAUCAGCUGAUGUCGGUCGCGGGCAGGGCGGGGAGGGGGGAGAACCGAGGAGAGAGACCGGCGGCGCUGUGUGUAUGUCUCCACUUUGGGAGAGGCUUACUCACAAGCCAAAGGAACUGGAGUGCUAAAGACAGCUCAGGCCUGUGAAUUGUGGAAAUAAUUUCGGCCUAACAGAAAUCAGUGGUGCCACUAUUUCGACACACGCAGCUGGGCCGAAACAUGCCCCCCCACCCUGCCCUGCGCUGCCCGGUUUCCCACUUGCCUUCCUUCCCGAUGUGGCGGCCAGCGCCCUCGCUCCAAACUGGCUAUGCUUGUCCUCGGUGCCAAAUCUGAUAGGAGUGUUUGGCAUGAGGGAUGUCAUCACAUCCCUAAGAUGCUCUCUCAUUGGCUGGGGUCACAUUUUUAGGAAGAAGCAGCUCAGUGGAAGGCCAAAAAAAAGAAUAAAAAAGUAGCACAAGCAGCUGCCCAGAAAGGCAAUAAAUACUACUACAUACAGUGGUACCUCGGGUUAAGUACUUAAUUCGUUCCGGAGGUCUGUACUUAACCUGAAACUGUUCUUAACCUGAAGACCACUUUAGCUAAUGGGGCCUGCUGCUGCUGCCGCGCCGCCGGAGCCUGAUUUCUGUUCUUAUCCUGAAGCAAAGUUCUUAACCUGAAGUACUGUUUCUGGGUUAGUGGAGUGUGUAACCUGAAGCGUAUGUAACCUGAAGCGUAUGUAACCCAAGGUACCACUGUACAUAAAAACGCAUACCCAUACAGAUUUUGAAACACUUUUGAAAAACAUUUCCCCUUCCUUUUUUCCAUGCAAUAUCUCUAUCGCUAUCGCUAUCUCUAUCAUCUCUAUCCAGUGUUAUUGUUUUUCUGGAAAAAAAGGUUGGAGAACUCACCAUGAAAUUUGUUUGUUUGUUUGUUUGUUUGUUUGUUUGUUUGUUGUGGACCCAGUCACAGUGCCAACCCCCCACCCCCACCCCUGGGCAAUGGCUAAAUGUAAGAUGUGAUUGAUAAACUCAAGCAGACAAUGAUCUGGAUUAGAAAUGGCCACAGCUUUAUCGAUUACAGAUAAAGGUGGAUUUUUUUGACUCAGGCAUUGGGUGUAUAUCCGUCCCAACCCUCCUCCCCCACCCCAACAAAAACAAUAAUUAUUUAAUUUUUAAAAGGUAAGGGAAUUCAGUCCCCCUGAGUUCCUUCUCAAAAAAACCCCAAUCUAUAUCUGUAUCUAUGUUGUUGUUUAGUCGUUUCCGACUCUUCGUGACCCCAUGGACCAGAGCACGCCAGGCACUCCUGUCUUCCACUGCCUCCCGCAGUUUGGUCAAACUCAUGCUGGUAGCUUCGAGAACACUAUCCAGCCAUCUCGUCCUCUGUCGUCCCUCCAUCUUUCCCAACAUCAGGGUCUUUUCCAGGGAGUCUUCUCUUCUCAUUAGGUGGCCAAAGUAUUGGAGCCUCAGCUUCAGGAUCUGUCCUUCCAGUGAGCACUCAGGGCUGGUUUCCUUCAGAAUGGAGAGGUUUGAUCUCCUUGCAGUCCAUGGGACUCUCAAGAGUCUCCUCCAGCACCAUAAUUCAAAAGCAUCAAUUCUUCAGCGAUCAGCCUUCUUUAUGGUCCAGCUCUCACUUCCAUACAUCACUAUUCUAUAUCUAUAGCUAUAGCUAUUCACUGAUGAAUGUUUGAUACAGCCCUAGCUGUUAACUCAGGAUUUGCCUUAGGCUUAUAAACAGCCAUUCACUUUGUUGCCAAUGACAAGAAUAGUCUCCAAGUGACCCGUCAAGGAAUCAUUUCCAAACAAGGAAAGGAUGACUAACAUAGCACCUGUUCUGGAGCUGUUUUUGUGGGGAGAAUAAUAUGCGGGUCCCACGAUUCAUCCCUGGCAUCUCCAGGUAGGAUGCGGAAAUACUCAAUGGUCUGACUCUGUAUCAGGCAGCAUCCAGUGCUCCUUCUCAAAGUGCGUUUCCGUGUGCCAGAGUGAUCAAGCUUCUGCUUGAAGAUCCCCAGCUAGGUCCCAUUGUUGACCUGUGUCAAAUCCACUCUUCGAAGAGUCCUGGGGACUGCAACUUAUUAAGGGUGCUGAGAGUUGCUAGGAGGACCCCCGCCCUCACAGAGCUACAGUUCCCAGCACCCUAUAGUUCCCAUGAUUCUUUGGGGGAAGCCAUGACGCUUCAAGUGUCACAAGAGUGCUCCAAACACAUGGUGUGGAUGUGACUGAUCUGCUCUGGCCAUCAAGAAGCUCUCCUUAAUCUUCAGCUGAAAUCGACCCUCCUGGCAUUUAAGCCUGUUAGAUCUAGUCCUUUCCUUUGAAGCAGUAGAGCGCAAGUAUUUGCCUCUCUUCUCUGUGACAGGCCUUUGGGGCAUUUUGAAGAGUGAUAUCAUGUGAUAUCAGUCUUCUCCUUCAUCUUGUUGAAUUUAAAGGAGGUGACACGAGAAAUGACUGUUAGCUGUUUAGGACUGUGUUCAGUGCUGAUCUUUCUCAGGGCAGACCCAUUGAAACUAAGGAACGUGAACUAGCAGGGCAUAUAUUCUACAAGUACCUGUUGAGAAACUCUCUUCCAGCCUUGCUUGAGUAGUUUUUUAGGGGCGAUACAAGCUCCUCUUUGGGUCUGCUCCAUGUUUUUGUUGUACCAUUCCACCCUUCCUCCAAGGAGCUUAGCACAAGAUGUUAUAUAUAUUUAAGUUAUUUAUCAAAUUUACGCACACACCCCUUUUCUCCUAGGACCUCAAGGUUCUCCCCCUCCCCAUUUCAUCCUCACAACAACCCCGUGAGGUAGGUAGCUUAGACUGGGAGACAGUGACUGGCCCAUUGAGUUUAUUGGCUGAGUGGAGAUUUGAUCCUUUAUAUCCCAGGUCCUCCCAGUCCAACACUCUAAACCAGGGUUUCUGUGCCGGUCCCGUGGGUCAGCCGAGAGGCGAGGUCCGAGUCCAGUCCGAGGUCAAAGGUGCAAUAUGGAGGCAGUCCAUAAAAGCUGGAGCUGGGUGCAGGGCAGGGAGUCAGGUGAGGUCAGGAACACAGGACAGGGUUCAGGUAGGAACUGGCAACCUACAAAGUUGCUCCCACAACCUGGGACUGGGGCUGACUGGCUUUUAUCUGCCCCGAGGCAUAGGGCUUCCCCAAUCCCCUGGCCUGGAGGUGAGCACUCCUCCUGCGGGAACUUAGUUCCCUCCGCCUCUCUGCCCUGAGCCUCUGCAGCCCAGGAGAGGCUGGAGGGUUACUAGACCCAGAGGCAACCUCCGCUUCCUCUGACGGGGCUGAGAGUGGAGCACCUGCAAGCAAUGGGUCCUCCCUCACCUCAGGAGCCAGAGCAGACUCAGCUUGAGCCUACACCUGAGGAUCCAGCACAGGUGAGGACCCUUCAGUCUCAUACCCCAGCCCCGGCUCAGCUGGUUCUGGAGGCAGGGAAUCCUGUGCAGGCUGGGAUUCCUCAGUUUCAGCACCCGAGUCCGAAUCCCAGGCCAUCACAGUUUCCCAAACUUGGGUUUCCGGCUGGUUUUGGACUACAACUCCCAUCAUCCCUAGCUAGCAGGACCAGUAGUCAGGGAUGAUGGGAAUUGUAGUCCCAAAACAGCUGUCGACCCAGGUUUGGGAAACUUUGCUCUAAACACUACACCACACUUCCUCCCCACCUCCCAUUUUAUCCUCACGAUGGACCUCUGAAGGGGAUUAGGCAGGGAGGGGGCAACUGGCCCAGGUCGCCUAGCGAGCCUUGUGAGAGGGCAAGUUUCUAACCUCUGUCUCCCUGGCUCUAACCACUGCACCAGGGACACAGAACCUUUUCGGCCCAAGGGCCGCAUUCCUUCUACGCAGCCUUUCGGGGGCCAGAGGCGAAAACAGGCAUAGCAACAAUUUACCCCCACACCACUCUCUCUUUUCCAUCCCUGCAAACAUUAUCAGAGUUCAAGGAUGGGCAAAACAUUCAAGGUUGGGAGGCCUGUGGUCUACAGAAAAGAGGUAUGGCAUGAGGAGGAGUGUGUCCUGCCUGGGGAAGAGGAAACAGGCUUUUUUUCUCCUGCUCUCGAGGGUAGGACUCGAACCAAUAGCUUCAAGAAAGGAGAUUCUGACUAACCAUCAGGAAAAACAUCAGAGGAAGCUGACAGCUAGGGACAUCCCUCUGGACUGGCAUGUGGCAAACUGAGUACUUCAACAAAUAAUACACAGGGUGGUAAUAUAAUAGCAAAACUUUUGUGUGACUUUUGUUAAAUAUUUUAUUUUCAUUAUUUUUAAACAAUAUUCUGAUACAUUCACAUCAUUUUGAAUUUUUACACUCCUGGGAUUACUUAGAUUACUUAGAUUCCUCGGACUCCCCCUCCCCCCUCAUCCCAGUUUCAAAUUUUCCCCUAUAUUCUUUGCAUCUAAUUACAUUUUUCUAAUCCAUUUUAUCUCCUUUUUUUUACCUCAACUCAUAUUACGUUAUAAGUGUUACAACAAUCCUGCUAACGUUUUUAAGUGUACACAGUGGUCUUUAAGAUAUUCUAUAAACUUUUUCCACUCUCCUUGACUGAAUUUCAUAUCAUCUUGGUGCCUGAUCCUCACGGUCAUCUUUGCCAUUUUCAGCAUAGUCCAUCACCUUGGUUAUCCACUCUUCUUUGGUCGGGACUUUGUCUUCCUUCCACUUCUUUUGUGUGACUUUUGCAAUGGACAAAGUGAAGCAGGUGGAACUGUGUCCCAUUUGCCUUAGUGGACCAGUCUUCUCUGGCUAGCUGGACAUCUAUGAGGAGGAGGGAAUGGGGUUCAGGGAGGAGGGGAACAGGCUGCAUGAUGCGAGUCUUCACCAGCUGCCUAAAGGGUCACAGCUCAGGUACAGGUUUAUCAUCACCUGGCAAUAUAUCGCAAAUCAUGAUGCGUGUGCUUGUAAAAAUCACAAUGUGGGGGAAGGACGUGAAGCCAGCCGGUACAUAGCUCCAUACUUAUUUCAGACAUUGUGAUAUAUUGGUAUAUUACAAUAGUAAUAAUGAUGAUAAUAAUAAUAAUGAUAAUAAUAAUAAUAAUUUAUUAUUUAUACCCCGCCCAUCUGGCUGAGUUUCCCCAGCCACUCUGGGCGGCUCCCAAUCGAGUGUUAAAAACAAUACAGCAUUAAAUAUUAAAAACUUCCCUAAACAGGGCUGCCUUCAGAUGUCUUUUAAAAAUGAGAUAGCUGCUUAUUUCCUUGACAUCUGAUGGGAGGGCGUUCCACAGGGCGGGCGCCACUACCGAGAAGGCCCUCUGUCUGGUUCACUUUAACCUCACUUCUCGCAAUGAGGGAACCGCCAGAAGGCCCUCAGCGCUGGAUCUCAGUGUCUGGGCUGAACAAUGCAGGUGGACACACUCCUUCAGGUAUACGGGAUGUUUAGCUGGUGAUAUAUCGCGAUGUUGGAAACCAGAUAUUGCCUUGCCCUGGAUAGCGUAUGUUGGUCAAACUCAUCCUGUGACUGAAAAGACCCUACAGAAAAGAUUCUACACAAACACACACACACCACAGCUGCAUGACAGGAAGAAACUGAACUGAUGGCUUCUGAACCACAGGCGUUUGGCGGUGGAAACAGCACCUGUGGCAUUCCCACCUGCUAAUAGGGUUGCUAAAAAGCACAACGGCCCUUGCCAGGAAAAGAAAAAACUGGGCAUGCAAACCUAAUUUCCGGUGGGGUGUCCAGAGAGACAGUCCCACUGGAGAAACUUCCUGUGGUUCUCCAAUCCCUUAACGCAGGUGAGCCCUGAACACCCCACCAUAAAAAAUGUCUGGCAUCAGAGGAAGAGGAGGGGGAAGCCAGGAACCUGAGUUAUUUGGUAGGGGGGGCAACGAGAGGAUGCCAAGACUCCCGGUCUUACCAGGCGGCGCGUUGUUUCCUGCGUGAAUAUUUCAUACCCUUUUACCAGCUCGAUCCCAUUUGCAGCCGCAUCAAUAUUAAUGAAGCCUUCCCCCCCUUCCUUCCUCGCCCCCCCCUUGCCCCCACUCCGGCCUCCAUUCACCAGCCCUCCGGCCUGCUUUGCCAACUCACUUGUUCUGGGGCAAGCGAGGGCUUUGCUGGCCGUUGUUCAGGCCAAAUCCCAAAGGGGCCUGAGGCUAAGAGAAAGAAAGGCAGAGCGAGAGAGCAUUGGCGGCGGCGGCCGGGGGGGAGCAUGACGGGGCACGGAUGAGCCCAAAGCAAAAAAAAAGAAAAGAAAAAAGGAUAGUUGGAGAAGAAGCAGAGGCGGCAGAGAGGAAUGAAUCAGUGAGAAGCACGGCCUUGAUUUAGACAAAGCCUGAGAGAUGUGCAUCGAUGCUCUAAGCUGGGGCGGUGAGUUUUUUUUAACGGGGGGUUGUGUGUGCAAGCUCACUUCCAAAAGCGUGCAGGACUCCAAACACCGGUAGCAGGAAGACUGGCCGCUAGCAAAACUGUCCGCCGGCACUGUCUCUUCAACAUUUUCCCCGUCUCCUUCAGGGAGAUGCCUCAUGCCAGCAACCCAAACGCUCAAACGGAAGAACGGCCCACCACAGCCAAGAGCCAGGGUGGCACACAGUUGAAAUCCUGGCCUGUGGUAACCGGGGUUGCCAGUUCCAGGCCUGCAAUGGGCAUGGUUCCUAAGGAUGGCUCUAGGCCCGUGGUUCCCAAUUAACUAAGUACAGUGGUACCUCAGGUUAAGAACUUACCAUAUUUUUUGCUGUAUAAGACUCACUUUUUCCCUCCUAAAAAGUAAGAGGAAAUGUGUGUGCAUCUUAUGGAGUGAAUGCAGGCUGUGCAGCUAUCCAAGAAGCCAGAACAGCAAGAGGGAUUGCUGCUUUCACUGCACAGCGAUCCCUCUUGCUGUUCUGGCUUCUGAGAUUCAGAAUAUUUUUUUUCUUGUUUUCCUCCUCCAAAAACUAGGUGCGUCUUGUGGUCUGGUGCAUCUUAUAGAGCGAAAAAUACGGUAAUUUGUUCUGGGGGUUUGUUCUUAACCUGAAACUGUUCUUAACCUGAGGUACCACUUUAGCUAAUGGGGCCUCUGGCUGCCGCCGUGCCAUCGCGCGAUUUCUGUUCUCAUCCUGAGGUAAAGUUCUUAAUCCGAGGUAUUGUUUCUGGGUUAGCAGACUCUGUAACCUGAAGCGUCUGUAACCUGAAGCAUCUGGAACCCGAGGUACCACUGUAUUGUGGAUCCCGUUUUUCAAAACCCUAGCCAUGGACCCCACUACUUUUGAAAAUUUUGAAAUCUCUAUGGUAGUUUUUGUUAUGUGAAUGGGGCCACAGGCAUCCGCCCGCCCCCCCGGCAGACCACCAAUUGGGAACUGCUGCUCUAACUGCCAAACAGAUGUACCAUCUUUGCCAAAACGUGCUGGCAGACACCAAGGGAAACGUUCCGUGGCAAAUCAUCCAUGAGGACUUAAUUCCACAUGUGCACCUCAUGACCAAGAGAUGAACCAGCCCAAUGUAGCGCCAGGGUGGGGAACCUCAGGACCAGAAGCCUAAAGUGGCCCCUGACAUCUUUAUGUAGGCAAAAUUGCACCACCAAUAUACAAGAGGAGAGAUAUCGGCAAGUCUGGAGAAAACCCAGUGUUUUCAGAAAUACAAAACAAACCACGACAAAUCUUCAGAGAAAAUGCCAAGAGGGGAAACCCACAACAAUACGGAAAUGGGGUUGGAAUGGAGUAUCCUGAUCAGGAGCAAUUCACGCACAGCAUGUUUUUUGCAGGUCAUGCUCAGAGUAAGCUGGAUGUCGAGAAGACAGGUCAAAAUCCUACUGUCCCAGACAAGUAAUUUUCUAUAUGGAUGCAAUAUUUAGACUGAAUGCAUAAGUGGGUUUUAGAUAACCAGCCUCAGCAGGAAAGUUAGGCUCCAAGGAGCACUGUCAACAAGAUUCUGGCUCGUGAGGAAUAUUAAAGACUAGAUUUCCCCUGAAGCAUUGCUGGGUGGGGACUUGGAUGACUGUGUCCUUCUCUGUAUGAGAAUAUUCUCUCUCCUCCCUCCCCACAAAAAACCCCUGGAUUUUGGGGAGAAGGGUCCUUGCCUAGUCUUCUCUCUGAGAUGUUCGCUGGAAGCUGCCUUUUCUGGUGUGUUGUAAUAGAACCCAGACGAUGGUGUAGGAGGAAACUCAUAAAUUGAUGAUGACGAUGAUACAAUUUGCCACCUCAGUGAAAAGUAGGCCUAAGGGGCCACUGAUCAGAGGAGGCCUUUUCCUUCUCACCAUGUUGCUGCGCUCUUCCUUCUUGGGAAAGAACAGCCACCCUGGGGACAAGGUCUCAAAUAUCUGCAGAGUUUCUGAACAUAUGUGUGUAUAUAUAUGCACUCCAUCAAACACAGCAGCUGAUCCUUGAAAAUUCAGCGCUAAUUAUGCAAUGACUCACUAGGCCCUCCGUACUCAGAGCCAGUGUAUGUGUGUGUGUGUUUAAUACACGCACAUGCAUGUACACGCACAAACAUAUAUUUCUGUUCCAACCCUGGUGUGUGAUACUCACAGAUACUCCAUGUGUUGGUCACCCACUGAGUAUCUGAAAAGAACCUGUGUUUGUGUGUGUUAGCAUCCCCCAUCCCCGAACAAGAAGGUCGCAAAGAGCAGCAGCAAAUCAUCUUGCCUGCGGAUGUGGAAUUGGCAUUAGCUGUCUACCAUCUUGUCAAUUUCACCUGCACUCUUUGUGGUCUUGGUACACAGAUCUUUAAACUUAUGAAAGAUGAUCUGCUCCCAGCCUUCUGAUUUCUCUCUCUCUCUCUCUCUCUCUCUCUCUCUCCCUCUCAUUUGUGCACCGCAGCUGCUUUUAAAACGCUUUCCCCAGGUGAUAAUAACCUGGGAUAGAAAUUGACAUAAGCAGAGUCCACGAUAUCUGUUCAGCCCAGCAGAAUUCCAAGAUCCAUGUUGGUAUUUGAAUUCCAACUACACUGGGAAAUAUCGUACUUUUCUGUGUAUAAGACGCCCUGCUAUUUUGGGGACGAAAAAUUAAGAAAAUGGGGAGAGAUUGCCCAGAGUUGAUGAGUUUUUUGGGGGGAGGGUGACCCAGAAAAUCACUCACCUGCCUGGCCAACGCUAACACCCAAUCAACACCACCCCUUGCCGCAGACACCAAUAACAUGCUGCAGACCAUCUCCGGCUUGUGGCCUCAACCAAUCCCACGUCACCCCUAGGUACUACCCAUGUAUAAGACAACCCUCUAUUUUAAACCUAAUUUUUCAGUAAAAAACCAUAGUCUUAUACACAGAAAAUUACGGUAUGCCUAUGUGCUGAUACUCUCGCCUUUUCUGCUUCAAAGGAAAUGAAAUUUAUUAUAUUUCCUCCCCAGCCCAUCUUUGGAACACUGAAAUUCUUUGUUCUGAGAUUUUGUUUUCCAUGGUGCUUUUCCUAAUGCAAACGUUGGUUAGAUUUCUGAAGCAACAUUCCCUUCCAAAUACACACACGUGUUAAGGCUGUUUAAGCUUUUAAAGAAAACCAGCAAUAUUCCAUCAGGUUUGUAUCCAUAAGGUUGUAACUUGUAAUGUGAAAUUUGGCAAAAUCCAGUUGAUUCCAACAUUAUUAUGAAAUAUGGUGGGUUCCUUGCAGUGGCGUAGCGUGGGUUGUCAGCACCCGGGGCAAGGCAAGUAAUUUGCACCCCCUAACCCGUGGAUUUGCGCCCCCUAACCCUAACCCCCAGAUGUUGCGCCCGGUGCGGCCGGCCCCCCCUGCACCCCCCACGCUACGCCACUGGUUCCUUGUGUAUGUCUCUCCAGAGGAUUGUGUGGCUGCACAGAUUUUCCUCGACUACCUUUUUGCAGAAGGAGAAUAAAUGUGCCAAGCUUGUUCUUCUUGCAUUUUAGGGAAGAUGCUAAGUAGCAUAUAUGUAUUUAUAUAUGUAUAUAUUUGAGAGAUUGGAUAAUCCAAGUACAAGUAAACAAAUGCCCAUUGACAGCAUGAGGAAAAGGGGCCGCUUGAGGGAAUGCAUUGGUGACAACAGAUUCAUUACAGUAAUAAUUAAUAUUCUGAAUAAAUUGGAUAUAACACAGAUUAGAGCAGUUUGAAACAAAGCCUACAACAUGCUCUGAUUUGGGGCUUGCCAUGUGUGGCUUAUAUCAGAUGGGCAAUGUAUUAUGGAUACAAUUAAUUGGGUAUAUGAGGGGGGUUAUGUUAGUUUCCGAUGUGAAAUUUUGUUAUAUCGUUGAAUGGUGCACAACUGUGCAAUGCUGCAGCCAGACCAUUGACCGGGCCUGGUUUUAAGGAGCACGUGACACACAUACACAACAGCGCAACUUUGGACCAGGUCACAGAAUCACAGAAUUGUAGAGUUGGAAGGGACCCCAGGGGUCAUCUAGUCCAACCCCAUACAAUGCCGGAAUCCUGCCCACAGCUGUCCCUGGGCAAGCUCAAACCACCAGCCUUCAGGUUAACAACCAGAUACACUUAACCUGUUAUGCCACUGGAGGUUCCAUCUGAAAGCCUUUACUCUUCAUUAUUCAACAUUUUUACUGGAUGCCUAAUAACAUGGUUCCUCUGGGCUGCUCACAACGAUAAAAUACAAUAUUAAAAUAUUGGGUUGUAGCCAACUAGCUUUUACUCAGAGUAAGCCUAUAGAAAUCACUGAAUUGGUCUACUCUGAGUACGACUAACCCAUUAUUUUAUAUUAUACAGUCGUACCUCGGAAGUCAAAUGCCUUGUGAGUCGAACGUUUUGGCUCCCGAAUGCCGCAAACCCGAAAUUGAGUGUUCCGGUUUGCGAACGUUCUUUGGAACCCGAACACCCGAUGCAGCUUCCGCGGGUUCCGAUUGGCUGCAGGAGCUUCCUGCAGCCAAUCGGAAGCUGCGCCUUGGUUUCCGAAUGUUUUGGAAGUCGAAUAGACUUCCGGACUGGAUUCCGUUUGACUGCUGAGCUAUGACUGUAUAUCAUACCUCUCAGCCACCGUAUUGACUGAUGCUGCCAGAUUCCAGCAAGGCGGCCUCCUCUGUGCUGGGAUUUCCUUCUCCCCCAGAUACUUUUACUGACCACGUUGUUUUCUUCUUCAUCUUCUCCCAUCUCACAGGAAAAAGCAGAUUUAGGGGAGCUGAAUUUCUCUCUCUGUUACUUGCCCACCGCUGGGCGCCUCACGGUCACCAUCAUCAAGGCCACCAACCUCAAAGCCAUGGAUCUGACUGGAUUUUCUGGUGAGCCGGCAGGGCAGCUGUGGGGGAAGAAGGGCUGUAGCAGGGCUACAGGGCUGGUGAGGUUUUCAGCAAUCAGCGUUAAUAAUAAUAAUAAUAAUAAUAAUAAUAAUAAUAAUAAUACCCUGCCCAUCUGGUUGGGUUUCCCCAGCCAUUCUGGGUGGCUCCUAACAGAAUAUUAAAAACACAAUAAAACAUUAAACAUUAAAAACUUCCCUAAACAGGGCUGCCUUCAGAUGUCUUCUAAAAGUCAGAUAGUUGCUUAUUUCCUUGACAUCAGAUGACACUGCCGAGAAGGCCCUCUGUCUGGUUCCCCGUAACCUCACUUCUUGCAGAGAGGGAACUGCCAGAAGUCCCUCGGAACUGGACCUCAGUGUCCGGGCUGAACAACGGGGGUGGAGACGCUCCUUCAGGUGUACUGAAGUCCCCCUUCUCUCUCCCGGAAAUCACAGUUGUAUGGAGUCGGACGAGGUUGUGCCCACUGACCCUCACCCAAGUGUCACAUCCCAUCUCGGGCAUCCAAGCAUUGGAGCAAAAACAAUUGGCAGGCGCUGUUCCCCAAUCGCUAGAGGUCAUCUUUGAUGGGACUGGGGAGCACUUCCUGGGACUGCCCAGAAACCGCAAAGACCAAGCAUAUCUUGGGACUGGAACCGCUGUCAAGAUGGCGGCAUCCAAAAGCAGGGGUGGGGAGAACGGUGGCAUGUAGGCAGCAUGGACCGGGCCUGGUCUGCUUCCCCCAUAAUUCCGUCAGCCUCCUCUCUCCAGAUCCUUACGUCAAGGCAUCCCUCAUGUGCGAAGGGAGGCGGCUGAAGAAGCGCAAGACGUCCAUCAAGAAGAACACGCUCAACCCCAGUUACAACGAGGCCCUCGUCUUUGACAUCCCCCAAGACAGCAUGGAGCAUGUCAGCAUCACCCUGGCGGUCAUGGAUUAUGACUGGUGAGGCACAACGCACACAGGUGCGCACUCUGCCCCGAAGUCCCUCCUUUCUCCAUUCAGCAGAUGCGUCUCUUCUGGGCAGUGGUGAUUCCCAUUGUGUUUCUUUGCUAACCUGCCAAAAUAAGGCAACUCUGGGAUUCUUAGCUCUGACCAAAGGGAUGUGUGGGGUCUGGCAAAGGGGACACUAGGAACCAGGACCACACGUGGAGGCAGAGACCCAGUUUUCCUAGGACAGUGAAUGGCACGAUGUGUGGUGCAAGAGGCAGCAAGGGAAGACGUCCGGCUUCUCUGGAAAAGGCAGCGCAAGCUAGAGGAAGAGCUGAGAUUCCUGCUUCUUCCAAAAGGGGUGUGGAAAAUCCAGACCAGGUUCUCCUGGGAGGAAUCUGGUGUCUAGUGAAUGGCAAGAUGCAGGGGGUUCAAGGGAGGGCCCCCACGCUUCUCGGGAAAGGCAGUGCAAAAUGCUGGAAUUCCUGCUUUGACUGUGCAAAAAUGGGAGCCAAGAGCUGAGUUCUCUGCAAGGCAAGUGGGGGCUUUUAAAUGAGGGGAGGGGGCUGAGUGCUAGGAUUUCUCGCUUCUCUCGAGGGAUGGGAAGCAGAGCACAGAAUGGGAGUCUGGGAGCCCGGAUGCCUUGGUUCCAUCCUCUUCUCCUUGACCUUGAAAGGAAAAUGUUAGUGUGGCAGGUAUUGUUUUUUAAGUGCUGCUUCGAUGUUAUUUCUGCAUAGGAGCCUUGCAGUGCUGAAUCAGAGACGAGAGUCUGGCUCGUUUGCACAAAGCAAGCUUUCCUUGUGUCGCCACCCUGCUGCCCACAGCCACAGCCAUUUCUUACUGCAGAGACGGGGAACUUGCAGCUCUCAUCAGCCCCAGCCAGAUUGGCCAGUGGUCAGGGAUGAUGGGAAGUCCGGAAACAUCUGGAGGAGUUCCUCACCCCCAUCUUAAACUAUUAAGUGGGGAAGGGGCAUAGCAAGCUUUUUUUUUUUAAUGGCCUUAAUAGUCUUUCUCCAUCCCCAGUCCCAAGAUUGCAAUGCUAGUUCUACCCAGAGGAAGCCCAUUGACGCUAAUGGACUUGACAUAGAUUCAGUUAUUUUGAUCGGUGUACUCUGAGCAGGACCAGCCUUGGUUACAGCCCAAUGUAAAUAAGUUAAACUGAUUUAUAACUCUCACGCCGCAAUGCUGAAGUCGCAUCAUGCCCCCUUCCCCACCCUGUUCGUUGCUCAUCCUCUUCUCUCAGUUGGUAGAACAUGAGAGACUCUUCAUCUCAAGGUCGUGGGUUUGAGCUCCACGUUGGGCAAAAGAUCCCCCACAUUGCAGGGGGUUGGACUAGAUGACCCUUGUGGCCCCUUCUGCAACCCUUAUGAUUCUAUUAUUCCACAGCAUUGGGCACAACGAGGUCAUCGGGAUGUGCAGAGUGGGCAGCGACGCAGACGCACCCGGGAGGGACCACUGGGCCGAGAUGCUGGCAAACCCACGCAAACCCAUCGAGCACUGGCACCAGCUAGUGGAGGUGAGUCUCGCAUUGCGGUGAAAGCGGGAACCACAAUUCCCAUCAUCCCUGACCAACUAGUCCUGCUAGCUAGGGAUGAUGGGAGUUGUAGUACAAAAGCAGCCAGAAAUCUAAGUUUGGGAAACAACUGGCUUAGAGGAAGUGGGGGCGUGGCGUUGAAAAGCCAGGGGUGUGUUCUGCUGGGUCACAACGGGGGAGCAAGGACGCCCCGGUCCUCUCUGGGAAAAGCAGGCAAAGGAGUAGCAUCCAGUGGUCAGAGGGCAAGGCUGGUGACUUCAAAAUGCCGUCAGUGGGAUUUUGGAUCAUGGUGGGAGCUGAGAGCAUCCCGUUUGCUCCUUUGAACAUUUCCUCCUCUCCCCUUCUUCAGGAGAAGACUUUGAACAGCUACAUCAACAAGAAUCCUCCAGCGCGGGACAAACCCAGCAUCGUAGUAGAAAGCGUUCAGUCGGACUAAGGCAACCACCACCAGCCCUUUGCCACCAGGGACUGUGAGUACCUAUGGCAGAAGGGGGCACAGCAGCAGGGGCCGGGGCAGAGAGAAAUGUACCCACAAGGCAUAACUUUAGUGCAAUUUGGAGAUGCUUCCCUGGUUCCUUUUUUUUUUAAGGGGCAAAAAAACCACUGAAAUGUUUUUAUUUUGAUUCUAUAUUUUGUGGUUUUAUAUUUUGAUUUUGUUCUGUGAACCGCCCUGAGACCUCCGGGUAUAGGGCGGUAUAUAAAUUCAAUAAAUAAUAAUGAUAAUAAUGAUAGUGAUGGUGAUGUUAAUAAUACAGUCGUACCUCGGAAGUCAGACAGAAUCCAUUCCAGAAGUCCACUCAAUUUCCAAAACCAAAGCGCAGCUUCUGAUUGGCUGCAGGCGUGAGCCCCUUCGGAUAUUCGGUUUCCAAAAGUAGUUUGCAAACCGGAACAGUUGUGGCAUUUGGGAGCCAAAACGUUCGAGAACUAAGCUGUUUGAAAACCAAGGUAUGACUGUAAUAAUAAUAAUAAUAAUAAUAAUAAUAAUAAUAAUACCAGUACCUUGGUCACUCAGCUUGCUUGCGGUUCCCCCCUUUGACCACCUGAGGGAGUCAAAGGCAGCUCUUUUACAGCUCCUCUGAAGCCCCUUCCCUCCCCACUUUGAGCAGGUCAAAACAGGCCUGUGGCCAAGGUAGGUCUAUUGAAUGCAUUGCUCCACCUGCAGUAACACUUUGCCCCACUUAGGUUUUAUUUUAUUUUUUAUUAAAAAAAACAUACACAGAGGUCUUAAUUUGUCACCUCACAAGCUGCCCAUUUGAUAAAUGAGGUUUUCAUUUUGGAAUGCAAAUUUGGCACCCCUGCAGUAGCAGGGCCCAUCCAAGAAUCCUGCCCCCUUGCUUACCGUGGGUUUUUCAAGAUCACGUUGCUGUACUAAUGCUUUCAAUCCCCGCCUUUUGUCUCUCGUAACUGGGAACAUGCCUGGGUAACUUAAGAAAGCUCUAGUUUAUUUACAGUAAGGAAGGCAUUUGGUUUUAAGAAACAAAAUGCCACAAUCAGGACGCGGGUGGAGCUGUGGGUUAAACCACAGAGCCUAGGACUUGCCAAUCAGUCGGCGGUUCGAAUCCCCGUGACGGGGUGAGCUCCCAUUGCUCAGUCCCUGCUCCUGCCAACCUAGCAGUUCGAAAGCAUGUCAAAGUGCAAGUAGAUAAAUAGGGACAGCUCCGGCGGGAAGGUAAACGGCAUUUCCGUGCACUGCUCUGGUUCGCCAGAAGCGGCUUAGUCAUGCUGGCCACAUGACCCGGAAGCUGUACGCCGGCUCCCUCGGCUAAUAAAGUGAGAUGAUCGCCGCAACCCCAGAGUCGGCCACGACUGGACCUAAUGGUCCCUUUACCUUUACCUAAAACGCCAAGGGAUCUGGUUGGAUGGUCUUUUCAUUUUAUUAUAUUGUGGAUUAUGUUUAUAUGGGAUUUGUAGGAUCCCCACCCCCCUUUCUAUGCCAACCACUAAGGACUAAACCCUACACAAAUCCAGAGUGGAGUCCCUAAGUGGGUGGCAUGGCACCUUCUGGCAACUCCUGGUGCCAAACGUUUUGCUCUGCUUUCCUUUGGACCACACUGGGGAGGCCAGGGCAAGGGGGGAACUUGUUGUCUGGGCACCCCAGGACUUCCAUACACCCUGCCCAGGCUUGUGCCCGGGGGGGGGUGAUUUUGGGUGCUGUUAACUCAGCGGUUUGACUUGACUCCCAGAGGCACACUCCCAUUUCCCUUGAGACAGACAGAUGCCAACAACUCCAGCACAACCCUGGUGGAUUACCUGCGCUGAGAGAGAGACAGAGGAUGUGUAAAUAUGCUGGUUCUUGUACACUUCUCAGCCAUACCAUCAGCCAUACCGGUCUCUGCAGCCACAGCUGGUGCUGUGAUUCUCCAACAGUUUGACUUCACCCUCGGAGGCACAUUUCACUGUCUUUUGAGAAGACAGGUGCCAUCAAUAAUACAGUGGUACCUUGGUUCUUGAACUUAAUCUGUUCCCGGAUUCCGUUCGACUCCCGGAAUGGUUCAAAAACCAAGGCGUGGCUUCCGAUUGGCUGCAGGAGCUUCCUGCACCCAAUCAGAAGCUGUGUCGGACUUUUGGCUUCUGAAAAACGUUCGCAAACCAGAACACUCACUUCCAGGUUUGCAGUGUUCGGGAGCCGAUUUGUUCGGAAGCCAAGGCAUUUGAGUACCAAGGUACCACUGUAGCAACCUGUUUCUAACACACACACACAACACUAAACUAAACCACACUGAAAACACAAUUAAAGCAGUAUACAAAUUCCAAUGAUUAGAGAAGUAAUAUCACUGUUCAGAGCAGGGAUGGGGAGUCUCUGGCCCUCUUGCAUGUUGUUGUACUCCAAUGCCCAUCAUCCCCAGCUGGCAUGGCCAGUGGAUGAUGGGAGUUGUAGUCCAACGGCACCUGUAGGGCCACGGGCUCCCAUCCCUACCAGCCAACUCCCAGUUCCAUCCUUUCCCAAAUGCUGCUGUCUAAAAGGUACCUCCUCUUUUGUCUCUCUCCCAUUAUGCCCAACUUAGACUAAAAUGUAUGCUGGUACCUUGCGGCUGCUGUUCCUUCCAGGGCCAAAACAUGGUGAUCUCAAACAUUCUCAACACAAAACCUGACAUUUUGGGAAUGGGCCGGGAUGGGUGGCGUGCAGGGGGAGAAGAAGGAGCAGCAAAGAAACCAACAUCAAUUUUCCUUUCCUUUCUUUAGGGUUCCAGUGAUGUGCGCUCAGCCUCGGAACUUUCUGGACUGUUGUUUCCUCCGACCCCACCCCACAGGAACUGUCAGCAAAGGGGGGGGGGGCGCCUGAUAUGGUGGGGUGUGAGAUACUGCCCUUCUUCGAUCCCCCAGGAAACCGCUGCCUGUUGCAUCUUAUUUAUUUUUUUCCAAAGCCAUAAAGGCAGCCACCAAGGAGCAUUUUUCCAUGUGGGGCAGGAAUUGUGCGUGCUGGGCGUCUAGAGCGGAAAGACAUUCCCCUUUUCCCCCUCGUCCUUUUCACAUCGGGGAGGGAGGGGAGGUGGCAGCCAGUGACAUGCAUGUUUUGGGAGUCUUUGCUAAGAAGGGUCAGGCUGGAGAGAUCGGGCGCGCCACCUUUUUGUUUUCCGGCGGAGGUCCCGUACCUUUUCAACAAGUUGCAUGGCAGGCAGGAAUCCAACCGGUGCCCCCUUCACGAAACACACCUGUGGGCCAGGCGACUGCUCUGUUGGGAGUUUUGACAGCAAAAGCAACAGAGACUCCAUGAAGGGCAGGAGGGACAUUUUUUGACAGGUUCCCAGAUUUAACCUUCUCCCCUCUCCCUCCCCACUCCCAAGUAUGGGAUUUCGCUCUCUUCCUAGCUGUGAAUUUUGGACAAAGUGACUGUUUACCCUCUGCUGGGGAAUGUGGAUGUUUUUUUGUGUGGUGGGUUGGAGGGAAUAUUCUGGGCUCCCUCUCUAUUCUUUGCUUUCUCUCGUCACAAUAGGCCUCUUGGAUGAGGUAAGAGAACAGGGAGUGGUUCCUUCUGCUGCCUAGAUGGGGGGCAGAGAGGGAAAAGGUCCUCCCAUUUUGCGAGAAUGCACGCUGGACCCUUUGCUCCAGUCUGCAUGUGGGGCAGGGGGAGAUGUUGGGGCUUUCCUGCCCUCGCUACUCUGCCCAGAGGGGCAACUGGCAAAGAGAGGGUUAAGGGGGGCACUGCCAGUCGUGUCCGACUGUGCCCACCCACGCUGAAAAUGGCCGCGCGGCAUUUCUCAGCACGGUUAGAAGGUGGCCUGUAGUCUCCACAAAAGGCUCCACGAUGGACAAAGUUUGGAGCCCAUGUUUUGCUCCUCCUUUAAACUGGAUUGGGGCCUCCCUGAACUCCCAGCGUAGUCAACUGAUUCUGGACUGUUCGUGUGCGUGUGUGUGUAAGUGUAUGGGGGUAACAGUGUCUCUCUUCCCCCCUCCUUCCCCAAACUUUGUUAAUUUAGUUCUUCUGUAGCUUGCAUGGUUGCCUCCCGCCCGGUUUGGGUAGGCGGGCUGGUUCCCAGAUUUAAGCUGGGGAAGUGCCUGUUCAGAGAACCCAGGUGUCCUAGUUUUGUCUUAUAAAAGUCCUGCUCGUGUCGCUCUUUCUCCCUGCUUCUCUCCCCCCCGGAAUUUCUUCUUCUUUGGAAUGUCAAAAGGUGUUCUGUUUCCCCCACCCUUGCCCUCCUUCUAUGCCCCCACCCACCCAAAACGCACGUCCAUUUGUCAUUUUGUCUUUGUCCGUCCUCUCGUUUAUUGAGAUUCUGUCCUGUUUAUGGUUGGGUUGUUUUUUUGGGUUAUUUAUUUAUUUUAAUAAUAUAAAAAGUGUGUGAAAUGAACGUGGGGAGGGGAACAAAACGGGAAAAACAGCCCUGCUUCCUAAACCUCUGUCCCCCUUUUUUUUGGAGAAGCCAUAUACCUCCCCCCCAAUUGCUUGGGUACCAACACGCCCAGCACGAGUGGGGGAGGGGAGGGGGCCGGAAGGUGUUCUCUCUCUGCAAUAGGUUUGGAACUUGAAGCUGCUGCUAAAACAAAACAAAACCGUGACAUCAAUAAAACUGGAUAAAAAC